UUUCCGCUUCACCUGCUAUUCAGCUAAAUUGACCAUCCAUUCAUUCCACACUGAGAUGCACAACAGGUGCCUUUUACAACUUCUGCUCGUCUUAUCAUCGCUUGUUUUAUCAAAAGCGCACGAUCUGAUGGGAUCAGGUGUCUCCUGUGUCAGAUCCACUCCUGCACAUGACGGACAGACGCGCGUUACGUUCCUGCGAGAAGACGCAGCCGGCGCGCGCUCUCUGUACCUGACCCUGUGGUUCGACGACGGGCGAUUGGUGACCUGUGAGGUGAAUCCUAGUCCGCUGGACACGGAAAGAUACCUCGCUCUCUGCGACGAGAGCAGCACGCUGAGGCAAGAGACCGAGCAGAGGUUUAACAUCAGUGUGUUGUUGGCUCCAGAUGCUCCGUGCGCACUCGGCUCCUCGGAUGCACAAAAGUUUGCCAAACACCUACGGAGCGAUGAGACGGAGGGGAAAAUCCGCAGGCGACGCGGUGUGAUAUUUCCAGGGACGCUGUGGUGUGGCACUGGAAGUAGAGCGAGGGGAUACGAAGAGUUAGGGAUGUUUGAGGAUGCUGACAGAUGUUGCCGUGAGCAUGACCAGUGCCAUCACAUCAUCCCAUCGUUCACUAUGAAUUAUGGCAUCUUCAACUCCAGAUUCUACACCGUCUCACACUGCGACUGUGACCGAAGAUUUCGUCAGUGCCUCCUCAGUGUCAAUGACACCAUUGCCAGCAUGGUGGGCUACAGCUUCUUCAGCAUCCUGCAGGUCCCCUGCUUUGAGCUCAUCCAGCAGAAACGAUGCACUCAGAUGUACUGGUGGGGAAUGUGCAAAGCAGCCAAUGUGGCUCCAUAUGCUGUCUUAAAAACCCCCCUCCCUUUCAACACCUCUGAUGUAACAACAGGCAAACACAGGGACAACAUCGACAAUAUAACACAAAUUGAAGGGCAGCAGGUGACAGAAAGCCCUAAGAUCAGCACAAAGUCUCCACAGAGUGAUCAUAGAUGCCGCACCAGAGACCCACCCAGAGGAGACACUUUCUACACCAGAAAGAAGAAGGGAAAAGGAUGCAAAAGACGUCGCAAACUAUCCAAAGAGGCACCCAUGCAUAUAUCAAAGGUGCACAACAGUACUACUUCAACAGAGAUGAGUGUUUUAAAUGCUUCUGAAAGUAGUACGUAUGUACCAAAUCAAAAAAGAGUUGGGAAAAAGAACAGUCCCAGAAAGGGCAAGUCAUCCUCUGCCAAACAGAACAGCCGAGUUCCAUUGAAUGUGACCACAACCCCCUACCCACAAGCAACAUCCACAAUGCAAAGAACCCUGUUUUUAACAUCCACACAAGCAAUCCGGACACCAAGAGCAAGCACAACAGGGACUAAAAGUAAGCAAAAAAAGCCUAAACAAAGACCCUGCUGUGGAUUUAAAUCACUGCUCAGAGGGGACGCUUUUCAGCCUCAUUGUAAAAGAUGCAAAAAUCUUGAAAAACCAUCUAACAGCACAACUGUUACACCCUCAACAACCAAGUUACAGAAAAAAUCACAAGAGAAUCUGCUGCUUCAAAAAACAACAGAAAUAGACAAACAAGACACCCUGAAAAAUCUCUGGAGUAGAGACACUUCUGAAAAACCAAAACAAGCGUCAUUUGAAGAUGGAGAGCCAGGGAAGCUGAAGAAUUCCCAUCUGGUUUGGAAUAUCACUACACAGAAGCCAAUGGGUGGAACCAAAGCACCAACUGCACCUGUACAGGGAGGCCUGACAGAUAAUCACCUCCUGUGUGGAAGCCUUAAGCAUCUGGAUGAAUGCAAAUAUAAAAUACUUCCACUGGAGAAGAAGUAUGAUCUGCUGAAUGUGGAUUUAAAGACUGCAUACCACUGUGACUGCACUAGCCGCCUGGCUCUUCAAAUUAAAGCCUUCAAGCAACCUGGUGUUCUUCCUGCACUGCUGAUGGAUUUUGUCUCUCCGAACUGCUUUAAACUGCCAAAGAGGAAGAAGUGCCAGGGCAAGAAAAGCUGUUCUGGAGGCUUCACUAAAGCCUCUGACCUACUUCGAGCACUUAAGAAGAUAGAAGGAAAAGACACUGCUGUGGUGCGAAAUGACAGAAAACGAGGGGCUCCUGUUCGCCUUUCCAAGCGAUGCCUAAGGCUGCAAAGAGGAGCUGAUAUCAUGGCACAACUCACAAGAUUAUAGACUAAGCUGCUGUGUGCAGCAACAAUGAGUAUAAUAAGCUUUACAUUUCAUACAGCAUUUUCUGAUUCUGUCUGAGUGUGUAGCAUGCCAGCAUUUUGAAAAUAUUAAAAGACCAAACCCUUGGUUAUUGUAAAAUAUUUGUAAGUAUACCAUAGAUGGGCAAUUUUUAUAUUUAUUAGGAACGUACUCCAUCCAUCAGAUUGAGCUUUGAAAUGUUAAUAAAAAUGUAUAUUUGUUUUUUCUAUCAGGAAUUUGUAUUUAUAAUAAUGUGUCAAAGACAUUUACACAAAUGAUCAUGAUAUGAUAUUCUGAUAUUAGCAGGAUAAAUUAACGUUUAAAAAAGAUGCAAUCAUCAUUGUAUUCAGAAGCAACCCUCGUCUUGCCAAAAAUGAUCAUUCUUAAGCUCAGAAGUAACUUGGUUUAUCAGAAUUACAGGAAUAUUUGUAACUACUGGAAAAAAAAAACAUGGUGUGAUCUAUACUUUCCACAUUUUUGAUACAAGAUACAGAAGUGGCCUUUGUAUUUUACAACAUGAAUAAAA